CUGUUCCUGAGGCUCUCCAGGAGUGAAUCCCCAUCCCAGACCCCGGGCUCACGGCUGUGUUUGCUUUGCAGCAUGGAGCGCUACGAUCCGAGCAAGAACUCCUGGGAGACCGUGGCCUCCAUGGCUGACAAACGGAUAAACUUUGGGGUGGGGGUGAUGCUGGGCUUCAUCUUCGUGGUGGGGGGACACAAUGGGGUGUCCCACCUGUCCAGCAUCGAGAGGUACGACCCCCACCAGAACCAGUGGACGGUGUGCCGGCCCAUGAAGGAGCCCAGGACAGGUGGGACACGGCAGAAAGGAACCUGGAGCUGGUGUGGGUGCGGCGGUGAUCGAUGACCACCUGUACGUGGUGGGAGGCCACUCGGGCUCGUCCUACCUGAACACGGUGCAGAGGUACGAGCCCAUCUCGGAC